AUGUCGCCUGCUUUCCCUCCCCCUGAGGACAUGUGCAAGUUGAACUUCAGCCCUCUACGAUCACCGUCUCCGAGAAGACGAUUCAACCACGAACGCAACCAGUCCGAGGCUGCCCCGCGUAUCCGACCCAUCAGUUUCCAAGCCCCCUCACCCAUGGCACAACAACACGCAAAGCGAGCUUCAAUCUACGUCUCAGACGCUUCCAUCAUUCUUGCUUCACCAGUCAAGACGGCGAGUUCGCUGCUUGCCAACGAGGAGUCAACAGCGGAACCCAUCGACCACUACAAAAUCCUGGAAAUCACACCCGCGGCCACGACGGACGAAGUAAAGGCAGCGUACCGCAAACUCCGAGCCGUCUACUUCUCAAGCAAUGCACAGAAAUACCGUCGUCUGACAGCCGCCUUCGACGUGCUGAUGGACCCGGAAGCCCGCCAAGUCUACGAUCUAAAUUACAUGCCACGUGCACCGGAGCCCUCAUCUCUCGCUAGCAUCGGCGAGAUUCCGGAGCCGGGCAAGCAUUGGCGCAAGGACAGCGCCCACGGCGACGACUCUGUGAUUGAAGAGGAAGACGAGGAUGAGGACGAGGAGAUGCUGGAGGAGAUUCAAGAAGAAGAGAUUCAAGAAGAGGUCCGUGACGAUGACCCGAAUUGGGGCCUCAAACGCUACCAACCCACUCACAACCCCAUGCUCGGCUCCGAGCCUUACUUCUCCUACAUUCCGCUGCCCACGCAGUCCCUACCCAAGUGUAGACAGCCGUCGUACCUUGGCGUCUACGCCGCCUAUGCGCUGCCAAAUUAG